AUGUCUUCCAUGACCUUGGAAAUACGACAAACCCCACAAGCUGAGCAGAAUGACGUGAAGUCUGAGCAAGGAAGUUCUUCAGAGGCCACCGCUCAAGACACCCCCGAGGACAUGCCAGUAACUGAGUUUGACUCGAUAAAUCUCAUCGCCAAUAAUAUGAAAGAGCUGGUCAAAAAGAUCCAGGAUCUACGCCAUAUAGGGAUCGAAGAUCAGCAGAUCGCACUCCCGAAGAUCUGUGUUAUUGGCGACCAGAGUGCUGGAAAGAGCUCUCUCAUUGAAGGCAUGAGCGAGAUCAAAGUUCCCCGAAGCGCGGGCACCUGUACUCGCUGCCCAAUGGAGAUCAAUCUUUCCGAAAGCGAACCGGGUCAGCCGUGGACUUGUAAGGUCUUUCUGUCGCGGAAAUACAUGUAUGACGGGAACAAAAAGAUUACCAAGAUCUCGAAGAAGUCUCUCGGCCCCUGGGUCGAACAGCAACAAGAAGAUGAGCCGUUCACUACACUGCAAGAUAAAGAUCAGGUCGAAGAAGCGAUAAAAUGGGCCCAGCUCGCAAUUCUCAAUCCUUCAAGACCAUCUGCCGAAUACAUUCCAGGACAAAACAGUGAUACGGAUCAUACCUAUUGCCAGGUGAAAUUCUCACCAAACGUUGUGCGACUUGACAUUGCAGCGCCGAGCUUUCCCAACCUGUCAUUCUAUGAUUUGCCCGGGGUUAUCAGUCACGCAGAACAAGAAGAUGAGCGAUAUCUCGUUAACCUCGUGGAGAACCUUGUCAAGUAUUACAUUGCGCAGAAACAAUGUAUCGUUCUUCUAACUUUACCGAUGACGAACGAUGCUACCAACUCGAGUGCUGCGCGCAUCAUGCAAGAAGUUAGUGGAGCCAACUCGAGGACAAUGGGUGUCUUGACCAAACCAGACCGCAUUCAGACAGGCGAGUCAUAUGCCCAGUGGGUUGAGAUCCUAGAAAGGGACAAGUUCUCGCUUGGACACGGUUACUACGUUGUUCGGAAUAAUCCCGACCCAUCGAUCGAGCACUCAGUAGCCCGGGAAGAGGAGGAUAAGUUCUUUGCCGAGUACCCUUGGGCGACUGAGUUGGCUCUUUAUCAGGAUAAGUUCGGAACUCGACGAUUGCAAACCGAACUCUCUGCGCUCCUUCUAGAGCAGAUUCAGGGCUGCUUACCGCAGAUUAUCAAACAAAUCAAUGGGAAAGCUGACCGAAUCGAUGCGGAGCUGCGAUCCCUCCCAGACCCGCCUUCUGCCAAUGUUCCUUAUAUUAUCUGUGGAAAGUUAAACCAGUUCAAGGAGCAAAUACGCGCUAAUAUCGAGGGUGGGUCUGCAAGAUACCCUCUGCAGAAGCUUUGGGGGCAUAUUGCCAUGGAUUUUAAAAGGUCGCUGAUCAUAACGCGGCCGACGGUGGAAUUGCUGUCUGCCUGUGAUAGAUGGACAUUUCCGAACGAGCAGGUUGGUGAGGGAGGCGACUCCGAUUGUGAAAUGACAUCAGCCCCAACGCCUGUGAAACGCAAGUCGCCGGGUGAUAAUGGCCUUGAAGCGAAGCCGGUCCCGCCAACGGCCAACAAGAAUAGAGGCUACUCGACAAACCACUUCGACAAGUUCACUGGAUCGGCCCUGAAAUUUACCUGGGAACAAAUUCGCGAAAUCAACGAGGAAUCCUAUCGUGCUGGGCUUCCCGACCUGACGGAUCCGAAGGCCAUCGAAAUCAUGAACCAGAUGAGUGUGAAGCACUGGUCCGAACCACUUUCGGUAUUCCUGGUUGCCACCCACCGUCUUAUGAGGGAGAUGGUGCUUAAGCAGAUUGAUGAGGUAUUUUCCCAAUAUCACCAGACGGGUCUUUAUCGUGAACUCAAGCGAAUCAUCGAUGCCUAUCUGUAUACCCUGCGACGCGAUCAUUUCGAACAUGCUCAGGAGAACUUCAACAUCGAGCAUAACAAACCGUUCACAAUGGACUUUGCGGCCUUGGAGCAAGCCACGAAGACUGCUCGUCAAUACAUACAUGAACGGCGUUGGAUUUCCCGCGCUGGUUGUUAUCUAGACUGUCAGGGAAAAUAUCCCAAGGGAGACGCUCGAAGGGAAGCCGAGAUAAGGAAGCUCACAGAGGCAGAUCUAGGCCGGGAUCAGUUUGCCCAAGAGGUCGCAAUGAUGGCGACAACCCGAGGCUACUACGACCUGGCGAGCUCUCGAUUUGUUGAUUCCAUUUGUCAGAGCGUGCAUACGAAAUUGUUCGCCAAAUGCCGCGACGAGCUAAUCAAAGAGGUCGAGAGAGAGCUCAACAUCUUUGAUAAAAAUGCAUUGGAACGUUGCCUCGAGCUCAUGGAGGAAGACCCAGAGCGCCAGAGGCGCCGGCUGUAUUUUCUCAAGGAGAAGGAGAAGAUAAGUAAGGCGCAGGAGUGGUUGAAUCUAGCGAAGAAGGAGGACGAUGAGGAAGAUCCAUUGGACAAUGUGAGAAUCAAGUCCCAGCCCAUUGAGGAGUGGACUGGUUAUUCCCACAUGGACAGCACUGAGUGA